AUGCGAAAACGAUGCGUUACAAUUUCGAAAAAACACGACAUCUUAGCGUUUAAGUUGUCCCCACCUUGUGCCUUGUACGUCGGUUUGAUAAAGACGUGCAUGUGCCGAAAUUCAUUUAUAAAAAAUCUAUUUUGCAUCGUCGAACCGGUAGUUGCAAUGACUCGAAAUUGGCCCUCUAUUGGCCGACACGACGUCACGAUGCGAUGGUGA